CAGACCAGUCUCCUAUGUGCAUACUGUGUAUAUAUAUCUAGCCCCAGAACGCGCUCGCCACUUCUCACAAUCUGCUAACUCUUCCUGGGCACGGAUCGUACGGGGACUACUAUCAGGCACAAACUUCCCCAAUAAAGCCAUCAGCUUGUAACUAUGACUGUUAAAUCCAGCUCCUCGGGAUCUACUCUCACUUAUUCCAAAAUGAGAGGGGUGGUCGCAAUACUGACUGCUUUUAUGAAACAAAGGCGAAUGGGACUUAACGAUCUCAUCCAGAAAAUAGCAGCCUCUCAGUCCUACGCCUGUAAACACACAGAAGUGCCAGCCAUGUUACACGUCAGUUCUAAAGAAACCGAAGCGAAUGGGGACAGCGCGUCUCCUCCGCCCAGCCCAACAUCAGCCCAGAUCAACCUCGGUCCUUCCUCUAACCCCCAAGCAAAGCCAAGUGACUUCAACUUUCUAAAGGUGAUUGGAAAAGGAAGCUUUGGAAAGGUGCUCCUAGCAAAACACAAGUCUGAUGACCAGUUCUAUGCUGUGAAAGUCUUGCAGAAAAAGGCCAUUUUGAAGAAGAAAGAGGAGAAGCACAUUAUGUCAGAGCGCAAUGUUUUGCUGAAGAAUGUGAAACACCCUUUCUUGGUGGGACUAUACUAUUCAUUCCAGACGGCUGAUAAACUCUACUUUGUCCUGGACUACAUAAAUGGAGGCGAGUUGUUUUAUCACCUCCAACGUGAGCGAUGCUUCCUGGAACCACGAGCCAGGUUUUAUGCUGCUGAGAUUGCAAGUGCUCUGGGUUACCUCCAUUCUCUUAACAUUGUUUACAGAGAUUUAAAGCCUGAGAAUAUUCUACUUGAUCGCCAAGGGCACAUUGUUCUGACUGAUUUUGGCCUAUGCAAAGAGAACAUUGAAUCAAAUGGCACAACAUGCACUUUCUGUGGCACACCUGAGUACUUGGCCCCUGAGGUUUUACACAAGCAACCCUAUGACCGAACAGUUGACUGGUGGUGCCUAGGUGCAGUUCUCUACGAGAUGUUGUAUGGCUUGCCGCCAUUCUAUAGCAGAAACACAGCUGAGAUGUAUGAUAAUAUUCUGAACAAGCCACUACUUUUGAAACCGAAUAUUUCCAAUGCUGCUAGAGACCUGCUAGAGGGCUUGCUGCAAAAAGACCGAACAAAACGCCUGGGUGCAAAGGCAGACUUUCUGGAUAUCAAGGCCCACAUUUUCUUUUCUCCAAUAAACUGGGUUGACUUAAAUGCCAAGAAGCUAACGCCUCCAUUUAAUCCUAAUGUGAGCGGACCUUCUGACCUGCAACACUUUGAUCCAGAGUUUACAGAGGAACCUGUUCCAAACUCCAUUGGUAGAUCACCUGAUAAUGCUCUGAUUACUGCCAGUGUUAAGGAAGCAUCUGAAGCUUUCCUGGGAUUUUCAUAUGCUCCACCGCUCGACUCCUUCCUGUAGUGAAUCAUCACACUGAAUUGCCUGAUGGGGUUCACCUUAACUGAGCUCUAAGUUCAGUUACCAAGAAAUGGGACUUAGCUUGGAAGGAAAGUUACGCAUCUCAUUGGCAGCUACCUGGCCCUUUAUUCCAUUUCUGAGAUGAUUCUGAAAUGUUCAAUGAGCAUUUGUUGCCGUGUGGGUCUUGGAAGAUGGCUGCAACAUGCUGUGUGGUUACACGCCAGAAAAAAAGGUCCAUUAAUCAAAGGGAUAGAGAAAGAACUUUGUCACCCAUCCAUCAUUUCAAGAUCUUUUUAUUUAAGUCUGACUUGAAAACAAUGAUUGCCUGAAGACUGUUUCAGUACAUGUGCCUUUUGCAGUCAGCAAGUUUGAAGGCAUUGGAGUGGUCAUGUUCAAGGGUUGUGUCACAGUAUAUAGAAAUGUGAACAGUGGUGCAAGUGUAGUGCAAUCUGGGCCAUGGCCCUAAUGAUUUCUCUGGUUUAAACAUUGACUUGAGAGAUUUUCAUCAUCGCAGCAAAUCCUGCACAAUGGGGUAUAUUCAUCACAUCCAAACCAGGAAGAUGAAAUGAUGUAUCACAAUGCUGUCUCUAUAUAAUUUAACACUUCUCCUCCCACACAAAUACACACAAUUAAUCUCUAAAAUAGUUUACUAAAAUAUGCUUGAAGCAUUGCUGCUAUAGGUAGAACUAUAAAUUGUUUCUAGGACCAAAAUGCCCCAUUGUGCUGUCUGUCUUAAAACUUCCAACUGGCUUCUAUGUGCUAGUAAUCCUGUAUGUAUAAACUAACUUCAUUUUUGUCUCUAACAUUCCAGAUUUUAAUGGUUAUUCCAUUUCAGCUGUGCAUAUGUAAGGAAAUCUGUACGUUGUGAUUUGUUGCUGCACUAGUUUUAAUGUGUAUAUUUAAGACAUUACCAGUAAUGUAAAUGAUUUUUCUGUAAAAUAGGUUGUAAUUUUAAUUUGUUUUGAAAUGUACACAUUCCUGAACUAAAGUUGA